AUGUGUUCCUUCACAGCUGCCCCUCUAGGUCCAACCAGAAUACCAGGGCUCGAUGCUCGCUUCCCCUCCGCUGCCGAGGCUUCGUCUUCCUUGAGGCGUGGAGACGUUAUCGAAAUACAAGGCCCCGCAUCAUCUGGCAAGACACAUCUCCUUUACGACCUCAUUGGUACCUGUAUCCUCCCCGGAGGCAAUUCUACCAACGGCGGUGGCGGUUGGGACAAGGUCGCGAUUCUCUUCGACUCUGACGGCUGCUUCGAUAUUCGUCGACUUGCCCAACUUCUGCGGGCCCGUCUCGGACUGCAUCGCAUGUCAUCACACCCAUCUCCUUCGACUGAAUUGCCAGAUGAGGGGACAGAUACACUCACGAGAAUCCUAAGAAAAGUGCACAUUUUCCGCCCGUCGUCCUCACUCCAGCUUGCCGCAAGCAUCGCGAACCUCUCUGCGUACCAUGCUGCCCAACUUCCGACAUGUGAGAUCGGUCUGGUGGCUGUCGAUUCGAUGAGUGCGUUCUACUGGCAGGAUCGGUUUCAUGCCGAGGAAGCGCGUCUUCAGGCAGGCGCAAGAGGUCUCGACACACCUCUUUCCCACAUCCUGAACGGCUUGCAGAAAUUUCGCGUAUCCCACGGCUCGGUCACAGUGCUCACGAACUGGGGCCUCAAUCUUGCAUCAAGUUCAUCUCUCGACCCAUCUACAAAUUUCCAUUUUUAUAAGCAGCAUCUUCAUCACUACCCAACACUCCUCCAUCUCAACAUCAACACGGACGCAUCGUCCGUCUCGGUUUCCCACGCUUCUACGCACCCUCACCUACCUAUAACACACCAUAUCACGCUUAAUCCUUGGCCUAAUCAGCAUGGAACGCGUCUCGCCGCCGAUAGUACGGAACAACAGACAGAUGACAGAUGCAUUCCGCUCACGGAGGGUUGUGAUAUAAUUGGAGUUGUGAAAACUGCUGGUAGCGAUGUCGUUGGGGCUUUUAACGUCAGAGUCAAACUUGACGAAAUAUUGAUCGAAAAUGGGAGACAUGAUCUACAACAGUAUUCUUCUGAGCAUCUUAUUCACAGUUCACACAACUCAUUACCGUCCUGA